AUGGAGAAGCGCGGAGGCUUAGACCUCGGAGCGCGCGAGGGGAGAGGAGAGGAGGGGCCGGGGGAGGACGCCCGCCGCCCCCGCUGCGAACCUCGGCGUCCGGAGCGCGCCGCGCCGGGGACCGGGUCUCUGGGCUCAACCCGAGGAGGUGGCGACCCUGAAGAGACAGCAGAAAACCAGCCGCUUGGAAAACUGCCCGAAUUCUUGUUCUCUGCCCAUCCAGGCUCCGGGUCUCCGCUGCGCCCACUGAGCGAGUCGCGGCCCCUCGCCACAAGUGUACCCCGCUGUUUUCUGAGGUCAGGGACAAGAGUGAGGCAGGAGGCUCUCGGCCCGGGUGCAGGGGUGUCCGGGCACCGCUGUUCAGCGCCCUGA